AUGACGCCUCCGCCCACGCCCAGCACCAACACCAACACCAACACCAAGUCCGAAGAAAACAAGCCCACGUCCGGAGGAGAUAAAAAGAGCCCUUACACCACCGACGUUGCUACCCUCCCUCCAAGCGGUGCCCCAUCCCAAGCCCACAUCCUCAAUCUCCCGCUCUCGCCUACAUCUCCUCUACCCAGCAGCAGCAGCAGUAUCACACUCCAAGACGCCAUCGCAACCACACUAUUCCACGUGUCGGCCUCAACACUCUCGCAGUUCCUCAGCCCGCAAACAAGCGUAUUCAAAGCCGUGUUUGGCAGCAGCAAGUACAGCGGGAUGCAAUUUGUAGUUUGGAGGCGAGGAUGCGAAGUAUUCACGGGUACAUUCGAGCACCACACGUCGAUAAAGCGGUUCCGUUUCGAGCACCUCGCGGGGUGUCUGGUCGGGUACGACGGCGCGUGGCAGCUGCGCGUGACGGCGAGUAAUGCGUAUGCGGCGACACGGUGGGGCGAUGUGUGGGCGGGCAAGUUUGCGUGUGAGGGCGGCGUGGCGAAGAUGACGGUUGAGGUGGAUGAGGAGGGGAUGGCGGGUAGGGGUGCGGUGUUGGCGUGCGAGAUUGUCGCGGGUAGGUAUUGGGAGGGGAGGGUGGAUGUCAAGUGUAAGUGA